UCGGGCGCAGCCGCCUCUCCCGCCCCAGCCCGUCCCAUCCCGUCCUGUCCCGUCCCGUCCCGUGCCGGCAGGAGAGCAGAGCCAUGCUGCACUGGGGAUACGACGAGCACAACGGGCCUGCCCACUGGAAGGAGGUUUUUCCUGUCGCUAAUGGAGACCGUCAGUCACCCAUUGACAUCAAAACUGAGGAAACCAAGUAUGAUCCCUCCCUCCGUCCUCUAAAUCCCAGUUAUGAUCCAGCUUCUGCUAAAAUCAUCCUUAACAACGGGCACUCCACCAGUGUGGAGUUUGAUGACACUGUCAACAAAUCAGCAUUGGAACUGGGCUGUCAAGUCUGUAACUGUUUGUUGCUGACUGGGGGGCCACUCAGCGGGACCUACAGGCUGCGCCAGAUUCACUUCCACUGGGGAUCCAAUGAUGAAGCUGGCUCUGAGCACACAGUGGAUGGGAUGAAGUAUGCAGCAGAGCUUCAUGUGGUCCAUUGGAAUGCAGAGAAGUAUUCCAGUUUUGUUGAGGCAGCUUGUCAGUCAGAUGGACUAGCAGUUAUGGCUGUAUUUCUGAAGAUUGGUGAAUGCAACCCUCAGCUGAACAAGAUUACUGACCGCCUGGACACCAUCAGAAUCAAGGGGAAAAAAGCACUAUUCACAAACUUUGAUCCCAGCUGUCUGCUUCCCAAGUCCCUGGACUACUGGACUUACUUUGGCUCUCUCACUGUUCCACCUCUUCUUGAGAGUGUCAUCUGGAUUGUUCUGAGAGAGCCCAUAAGUGUUUGUUCUGAACAGCUGGCCAAAUUCCGCAGCCUCCUGAGCACUGCUGAGGAUGAGGUUGCCUGCUGCUUGCUGAGAAACUUCCGGCCUCCCCAGCCUCUAAGGGGACGAGAAGUCAGAAGGAAUUAAAGGAGUAAAUCCAGAGCAGCCUCCCUCUGAAAACAAAGGCUGAAUUCAUUUUAAUAGUUAAUAUACUUUGUGAUUUUUUUUUUUUUUGUGAGUUGUUUUAACAAACAGGUGUUGUUUUAUUAGUGGUUUCCAUGCAGUCAUUUCUCACAGGCAAGUAUGUCCAGAGUUGUCACAGGUUCAUUGAUGGUAACAGGUCUGACUGGGUUUGAGUGCAUUGGCUUGGAAGCACUGAGUCAUCAGCCUUCCAUACACAGAGGUCACUGCUACUCGUAAGGGUCAAAUGUGGUGAAGGAGUUGCCCAGAUUUUGCCACCAAAUUACUGAACAGGAUCCCUGGUAUUAUUGACAGUAUAGGAUGUUCUGGGAUUGUUUUGGUCUGUAACAUAUAACAUUUACCUUCUGUAUAAACCUCACAUUGCAGUUUUCAAGGAAAAAAUAUUUCAAGGAUGAUGUAAUUUCAUUGCUGACUUCUGCAAUACCAUGCUUUCUUUCCUACAAAAAGCAAUAAUGACUAGCAGUAUUUAAGUAAAACAGAUAUGAUCCUGUUAUUCUAGCUGCUUCAUAGCAGUAAUUAUGUACUGAUUGAAUUUUUUUUUUUUUAAGCAAAGAGUAAGGAUUUUGUACAAGAUCAUGUCAGGUAGAUUAGGUAUUCCUGAAUUUCACAAUUCACAACAUAAAAUUGUCCUGAAACCUGAAAACUGCAAGGUGGAAGGGCAUAGAGGGAGCUGUUCGUGCCUAAAUCCAGUCUGUUGCAUUUGGUGAAAAAUAAGGGAUUAUUACACUAUAUCCAUAUAGCAUCAGACUUUUGCCACUUAAAAUCAAGUGGUAGGGGUAGCUGUUGUUCCAGACUUGCACGCUGCAGUGUGAACCACAUGCUGCUUACCUCUCAUCUCACUGUGGAGCGCAGUGCUACCCUGAUAUAGAAUGUCUCAGGGUGCUGGCUGAUAUUCUGCUGUCAUAGUUGAACUUCAGUGGUUGCAUUUAUAUUCCAAGACCAAAGAGAAUAAUUAGAAAAAGCCAAAGAGAUCAGAAUCAAAUCAACAUCUGAUUAAAAGCUCAGCACUCAAUAACAAUAUGUGGAAACAUAUGUCUUUAUGAGUUGACUUGAGCCUGUGUUUCUCUCAGGAGCUUUUUUUAUCUGAAUAUAAUUGGGGUUUUUUACACCAAAUAUUUGUAUUAAUGAACAUGCCUUAGGAUGUAGCUUAGGAUAGAAUUAGAUUUACUCUCCAUCUAUGAGAACUAUAUAGUGAAAUCCAGUGAUACGUGAAAGAGGCAGCUAGAGGCAGCAACUAACACCAAUCUCUGUAGUACUUCUUACAAAUUCACCUUCCAUAACUGCUCUCCUGGAAUUAAUUUUUAAAUAGGUUUAUAUGUUCUGCCUUUUACCUCAGUGGGUCAUUUGAUCUUAGAUAAACAAGCAUGAGGGAAAUCACAAUCUGGAUUGACUUUAUAUGCUGUUUUAGAACAAUUUAGAACAAAUUAGACCUAGAGAUAUAGAUAUUUUAUCUUAGUUUAAGAUAUGUGGAUUUUUUGUUUUCUUCUCCCCAGAAUAUAGCUAUUAUAUCCUGCAAGGCCUCCCAAUGCCUUUUGAAUAUUUUCUGAAGAAAAGAACACAAACAGGCUAUUGGAGAAAUAAAAGGCAUUUAACAGCACUAAAAAGAAACGCAGGAGUGUGUUGCCCAUUUUCACUCCCUUUUUUAGACUUAGGAUUGGAUCUCAUCUGUAUCCCUGUUAUGUGAGUAGCUACAGAAUGUGGAAAAAAUGUUUACAAAUUGCAGGAUGGAUACAAAGGAUUUGUUUGUCUCAGAAGAAAAAGGAGUAAGGUUACUGCUUCAUAUUGUAAACAGAAGUUUUACACAUUUCUUACAUAUUGUAAACAGUGGAGUUGAUUCAAUGCUUUUAUAUUUAUAAGGAUUUUAUCGAAAUAAAAUAAUGGGUUUUAUGAA